AUUAUAAAUUACAAAGUCAAAGAAGAAGGAAAGCAAGCAAUAUACAGUUAGAUUGAUUUUUUUAUUACAAAGUUUUUAAGUGAAUUGAAAUAAUUAUUCCAAAUCAAUACGAGUUAACAAAGACUACAAAAUUUUAAGUGAUAUAAAAGUGAACAAAUAAAUUUAUAAGAAUUUUUGGAAAAAUAAUAAGUACUAUAGAAAAAGGAAAGUGUCCACAAAAAAAGUUCCUAAUAGAAAAAAAACAACUAUAAUAUAAAUAAGUUAUAGAAAGAAAAUGUAUACUGUUUCCAAAGGUCCCAGCAAAAUUGUGGCCAAAACACGUAGAGGUUUAUCACAAAAUUUUGAAAAAUUUGAAACUAUCAAAGAAAGCAGUAAACGUAACAAUGAUGCAAAUAGUCCGGAAAAAUUAAGUGUACCACGUCCAGUUUUUCAAACAAAGAAAAUUUAUACGCAUCCAAAGAUUGUUGAAGAGGAAGUGUUGACACCACAACAUGAGGAAAUUAUAAAAUAUAUAAACGAUUCCUGGAAUAUAAUAGUGGCUGAUAAUCCUUACGAUCGAGCGCCCACUACUGCACCUGUGGCUGAUGCUAAUAACAAUACUGCUACCUCCCUUAUCAUUAAAUCAGCCAAUGGUACUACCAAUGGCCAGCUAGCUGCUUCUUCUACUUCCAUAUAUUGUGUUGAACCUCCAAGUCCUGUUUUAAGUGACUUUAAACCUUUUGAUCUGGAAUCAUGGUGGGGUCGUCGUCUUUUUAACAACAUCACCAAAAGUCUUUGAAUCCUCAAGGGCCUAUAAUCUAUGGCAGCCUUAAUAUUAAACCAAAAGUAAAGAAACAUUUGUGUUUUCUUUACUAUUGGUAAUUGUUGAUUGAAAGAAAUAAUUGUAAUUUGUUUAUUAUUUUGUAAUUUGUAAUUUUAAGUUCUAAAUUUAAUUAUAAC